AAUAAAUAUGGUUUUUUAAAUGCAGCAAUGCUGCAAGCACCAAAAGAGUGUGCAUCAGUGGUCGUGGUGGCGCGAUAGUGUGUGUGUAUGUGCUGUGAUUUUGUUGCUGCAUUUUUGGGAGCCCUUCAAAAAAAACCUUAAAUAAUAACAAAUAAAAAACAUUUUGUGCAUUUGCAAGUGGCGAUGGCAGUGCGUGUGUGUGUUUAAUAUCAACAAUGGGUGCAGAAUAAAGCAAAUGUAUGAGAUUAGCGCGUAACCCAAAUAGAUGAAGGUGAAUCAGAAUUUUUCCAGCACACACACACACACACGCGCAAACAGCAGCACACACCUGCAGUCCCGCGCGCCCCGCCCGCUUAGAAACCAGUUGUAAGUGCAAGUGAACAAAAAACAGUAGUGGCUACAUUAAUAGGGAAAAGUGGCAACAAAGCAAAAGAAAGGGAAGCGCAGCACCCCCAUUUCCAUAACCAUACCCAAAGUUGGUUGCUGGGCAUGUUGGCAGGCAAAGCUUCGACAUCGACAACAACAACAACAGCAGCAGCAACUGCAACACAACACACACGUUGUCAACAGGCACGCUUCGUUGCGCACGCGACAAGCUAAACAACGACACCAGACGGCAGACAGCGGACAACAGACGGCAGAGUCAAGCUUCAACAACGCUCGGGAAUCAUUAGCACAGACAGCUCCAUCAGCCAAGCAGCCAACCAACUCGCUAUUCAGCGAUUUAGUCAGUUGGUGUAAUUUGGCGGCGCAAGAAAGCAAUUCAAAAUAAUUGUUGAUUGGAACAGUAAGCGGCCGACAGCGACGACGACGACGACGACGAUUGUGAAAAAUGGAAUUGAAAGUUUGGGUUGAGGGCAUACAGCGGAUUGUUUGUGGCGUCACAGUCAGUACGACUUGUCAGGAUGUGGUAUUCGCUUUGGCACAUGCCACAGGCAAGGUGGGGCGGUUCGCUUUAAUCGAACGCUGGCGGAAUAAUGAGCGGCAUCUGGCGCCAAAUGAGAAUCCCAUGAAGUUGCUGCUAAAAUGGGGUGAAUAUGCUAAUGACGUGCAAUUUAUAUUGCAACGUUCAGAGAACAAACAGCAGCAACAACAACCGCAGCAGCAGCAACAACACCAACAGCAGCCACAGACGCAGCAACCACAGAAUAACAAUAACAACAGCAAUAACAAUUCUCCAACAUAUGCUGUUGUCAUGCCAAAAAAGCCGCUGGGCGUAAAUAACAAUAACAACAACAACAACAAUGUGAAUAAGCCCGCGCCCACAUUGCAGAAACAAAAAUCCAAUGUGGAGCUCAGCUAUCGCACAAAGGAGCUAAAAAAAAGUUUUAGCGGCUACGAUGCUAAGCAAUUUGACAAUAUUGGCAUCGUCAAAGGCAUACCACAACAACAACAAAAUCAACAGCAACAACCGCCCAACAAGCAGAAGGCGCACAACAACAACAAUGUGCCCACAUUACAGCCAAAACAUGAGAAAUCGCACUCGAACCCUUUGGACAUGUCCAGCUGUACGCCCGCCGGCAAUGCCUUCAGCGAUGUCUAUAAUAACAAUAAUCAUAGCAAUAAUAAUAGCAACAAUAAUCAGCAUACCUACAGUCAACUGAGCAAAUCCAGCAAUGAGCUGCAUUUGUCCGAAAUGCGACGCGCCAGUCCCAAUGAGGCGUUCUAUAACAAUACUAAUAAUAAUAAUAACAACAACAAUCUGAAUAAUAACAAUAGCAGUGAAAAUCUACGCGAUAUUUAUGCACAUAUCAAUCACAACAGCAAUAACAACAAUAGUCCAAUUAACAACAGCAACAACACACCCUAUAAUGCCUCACCCGAUCUGUAUAAACAGACGCCGACAAUUUCCGCAAAUGGUGCCUUGGUCCCACCACCAUAUCGUGAUCCGCCCCCGCCCAGAAAUAGUCCCAUGCAACGUUUGCAGAAUGCCGAAACCAUAUCGAAUGCGUCUUCGGCCACAAAUCCAUUUCUCAGCGAUUACAAUAGCAACAAUGACUAUGACAACAACAACCAUAACAACAACAACAACAACACUCAGUCCAUGGACGAAAGUGAGAGCAUUUUUCAGGCCACACAAUACAAAGAUCUGUUGCAGUUAAUUAAAUUCCAACGCGAGAAAAUAACGGCACAACAAAUGGAAUUGCAUAAGUUUGAUUCGGAAAUUGUUUAUCUGGAGGCCAAGGAACGUGAUCAUGCCCAGGAAUUGGAAGCCAUCUCACGUGACAUAUCUAAAGCGGAUCAAAUCUUUCGGCAGGGCAGCGAACAUUUGCAAACAUUGCAGUACGUCGAGGAGGAGAACGAGCUGGUGAAGCAGCAGGAGAAAACGCUGAAAUCCGAAAUAGCCCUACUUCGCUCCAAAUUGGCAAAUUGUGAGACAGAGUUGUUGCAAUGCAAGAACAAGAUACGCUUACUUAUGGAUGACAUUGAACUCGAACAACGAGCGCUAACGCAACAACAACAAAGCAAUAGACAAACGGUGGAGCGUGAUUUUCUCAUGGAAAUGGAGCGUAUACAGAGCGAGAUCGAUCAGGCGCUGCACAGCACGGAUACAUCGAAUAAGACGGCGGAUAAUCUAAAAAAGGAAUUGCUAAUGAUAGAGCACGCAAUAGCGGAGAAAAAGCGACAGGUGGAGCAGCUGGUGAAUGAAAUGAAGGAAGUCAAUUUGCAGAGCCUGACGGUGACAACUACAGAGGAGAUAAAACAUUUGCUAGAGGGACCGAACAAACAGGGCAGCAGUCGUCGCAUAAUUGGUUCUCCACGCCAAUUGGAAACGGCAGUGCCCACCAGCAAGAAUCCGCAUGGUGUUUGGGUUUAAAUAAACGAAUAAAAUAAAUCAAUGCUUUAAAUACUACAACUAUUUAGCACACACACACACACACACUCACAACGAAAUAACAUCAUACAUAUGUAUGUAUAUUUAAAUUCAGAAAAGCACCAAACGAAAAAAACUAUAAAUUCUACGAAACCUUUCAACAUUUGGGAACAAAAGCGAGGAAAGCGACUACUUAACACAUAUCUUCAAAGCAAAAGCAGUACAUAUUUAAUAAUUCAAACCUGCCUAUAUAAAUUAUAUAUAUAUACCAAUUGAUAUCAUUCUAUAUAUAUAAACCUCACAAAUUAUCACAAAUUUACAUUCAACAUUUUGAAGGAUUGUUACAAACAAAAUACAGGCAUAUUGAGUUCUUUUGUUUCUCUUCCAAAAUGUAAUCUAAUGGAUCUCUAGAGCAAUUUUUAUUGUUACAAAUUUACACAAAGCAUAGAAUUGAUGCACAAAAUUGUUUACCCUAUAAUACAACCUUUUGGUAGUUUCCCAAACAUAUAUUAAUUACAUAUGGAAGUCAAAUUCUUAUUAUUACUUACGUAUCUUAUUAGCCGCAGUGUUAGUUAAACUUUUGCAAAAUCGCUUUAAAAAUAACGCAAUUUUACAUAAAAAGCACAUUACAUUCUAAGUUUGCGGACAGUCGAAUGCAAAUAAUUUGAUAUAGUUUCCCAAUUUCUGGUGUUUGUAGAACUUAAGCGCAGUGUUUAGGAAAUAAAAACUGGAAAUUGUAAUGAAAUUUCGCAAAAAGUCUACUUCGUUUAAGCAAAAUAUAAACAGCUCCAAAAGACAUACUACAUUGUAAGAGAUAUGGUCAGACAGGCAAACAAAUUUAAGGUAUUUUACAAAUAAAUCGAAAAUAUGUUUGAAGUAACAGAAAAUUAUAUUUAAGUUCAGAACUCAUCGAUUUUAAAUGAAGUAACAUGAAAUUCAUGGCAUAAUUUAAACUUUUAACAGAUGCCUGUCAGUCCUAAAAAUAAAGGUGUGAUCAGACGGAUUAGUCGAGCUUGGCAAGUGUAAAGGCUAUGUUCACCAAAUCGAUUCAGAAAUCUCUACUAAUUACAAAUUUUGUGCAUGUCUGGCCAUAGCUUAUGAAUAAUUGGUAACAAUUUACCUUGUUUAUAGAAAAAAAGGAUUCGCUAUAAAUAAUUAUGACUGCUGAGAAACACAAUUCCAUUUUUAUAAUAAUGUUUGUUGCUAGUCUUUAAUAUGUUUUAAAUUUUUUUAUAUACAAUAGUAUUUAAUAUGUUUUUAUCUACACAUUCGCGCCAUUAGCUUUUAACAACUUUUGUUAAACAAAAAGAAAAGAAAUGAAAUCUGAACGAACUUUUGUACAUCGUUGCAAUAAUUAUUAACUAACGAAUAGUAUGGGACGCCUUUUUAACAUUUAAGUAGUGUUGUAGUGAUUUCUUCGUACGCAGAGCAAUAAACAAAUGAUUGAUUGAAUUAAUUAUUAUAAUUGAUGAAACGAAAUGUUAUAGAUGAAGUAAACUUUUUUAGCCUAAUACUGAUAGCUAGCAUAUAGCGAUUUGAA